AUGUGCCCCAUUGGCCGAAAAAGUCACAAGGGCCAGCCCGAGUACGUUGCUGCAGGGGAAAAGCCUGGCGUUCCGGCAGGAUAUCAACCCAACAUCAUGGGAACUCAAGGCCAGACACCAAUUGGAAGCGACUUGCCUGGACCGGCACCCCAUACAGCCGGGCCGCAUCGACACGAUAUCCUCAACAAACUCGACCCAACCGUCGACAGCCGUUCUGGAGGGGCACAAGUUCUCGGGCCCGGAAUAGGGGCAUCGCGAGGGACAUACGCGCCCUCCCAUGGACAAGGCAUGACGAAUACCGCCGCUCCGGGCUAUAACGCGCCCCUGGCAUCGGGAAACACGGCGUACACGGCCCCUCCGCCUGGCGUUUCGGCCACGGCGCCCAUGCAGAAUGUGCCAGAGGGCACGUAUGGGCCUCACUCCUCACGGCUGGCAAAUACUCUUGAUCCUCGCGUUGACUCGGACUUGGACAGCGGCGGCGCGGCCUACACCCAUCACCGGCAAGGCGGCGUUCCUGUCGCAAACACGCAGGGCGACAUGUACGGAGCACAGCAAACGCAGCUUGGAAAUACUCUUGACCCCAACCUCAGAGGUGCUGCUGCCGCUCAGGGACAAGUCCCAAGGGCAGUCCAUGUCGGCGGCACACAGCCUGGACCUGCGCCUAAUACCGCGGGGCCUCAUCGAACGGAUUUUAUGAAUAAGCUCGAUCCGAAUGUGGACAGUAAGCGGGUGAUCUAG